AUGAAUAUGAUUACUGUUUCAGAUUCUUAAUUUUAUAUUUGUUCUUUAUUAUUAUGUAUUAAUUAUUUGCAUACUAACAAUACUAUUUUAAGAUAUAAAAAGCCUGAAAAUAUUAUGGUUGAUUUUAAAGAUAAAUUAAUGAAUAGGUAACUUAAAGUUCCUUAAGUUCUGUCUAAAAGACAAAUUUAUUUAGGAUAAAAAUAAGAAAAGUUAGAAAGAUUAGUUAAAGAUAAACUUAAAAAUGAAAAUUAAUAAAAAUAAAUCAAGGAUAAAGCGAAAGACCAUAAUAAUUGGGAUAAAUAUUUGUGA